CCACGAGAGGCCUUUCUGUUCCUCAUCUGAUCAGCUGACAUGAAUGUGAUGCUACUGGAAAGAUCUUCAGUCUUACGAUUUGAUUGGCAAUUAUGAAUAUUGAACCAUAGGAAUUGUACGGUAGUAAUUGAUUAGUGUUCGAAUAGUUUUGUCAUUAGAUCUCAGCACCCAUCUCUGUGCAUUCUGUUGUGAGGCUGUAGUAAUCAGUGUGUAGCUGUAGCCAUGACAGAGUUCUGGUUGAUCUCAGCUCCUGGAGAGAAGACCUGCCAGCAGACAUGGGACCAGAUGAUGGUGGCCACCACCCGCAACAACAACCUGUCCACCAACAACAAGUUCAACAUCCCAGACCUCAAGGUGGGGACGCUAGAUGUGUUAGUUGGGCUGUCAGAUGACCUGGCCAAACUGGACUCCUUUAUUGAAGGUGUGGUGAAGAAGGUGUCUCAGUACAUGGCUGAUGUGUUGGAGGACAGCCGAGACAAAGUCCAGGAGAACCUGCUGGCCAACGGAGUGGAUCUGGUGACCUACAUCACACGGUUUCAGUGGGACAUGGCCAAGUACCCCAUCAAGCAGUCACUGAAGAACAUCUCUGAUAUCAUAUCCAAGCAAGUAAGCCAGAUUGACAAUGACCUGAAGGCCAGAGCGUCUGCCUACAACAACCUGAAAGGGAACCUGCAGAAUUUGGAGAGGAAGAACGCGGGGAGCCUGCUGACCAGGAGUCUGGCUGACAUUGUCAAGAAGGAGGACUUUGUGAUUGACUCAGAGUAUCUGAUCACUAUGCUUGUGGUUGUACCAAAGACGAGUUAUGCUGACUGGCAGAAGACCUAUGAAACGUUGUCUGAAAUGGUGGUACCCCGAUCCACUAACCUGCUGUUUGAGGACCAUGACAGUGGUCUGUUCAGCGUCACCCUAUUCAGGAAGGCCAUUGAUGACUUCAGACACAAGGCCAGAGAGAACAAGUACACAGUCAGGGACUUCCAGUACAACGAGCAGGAGAUGAAUGCUGACAAAGAGGAGAUGACACGUCUUUCCACAGACAAGAAGAAGCAGUUUGGGCCACUGGUGCGAUGGCUGAAAGUGAACUUCAGUGAGGCCUUCAUCGCAUGGAUUCACAUCAAGGCUCUGAGGGUCUUUGUGGAGUCUGUCUUAAGAUAUGGGCUGCCUGUGAACUUCCAGGCCAUGCUGCUCCAGCCCAACAAGAAGAACAUGAAGAAACUGAGGGAGGUUCUCAAUGACCUUUACAAACACCUGGACAGCAGCGCUGCAGCUGUCAUCGAUUCUGCCAUGGAUAUCCCUGGUCUGAACCUGAGCCAGCAGGAGUACUACCCUUAUGUUUACUACAAGAUAGACUGUAACCUGCUGGACUUUAAAUAGAUUUUCACUGUACCUGACCCCUCUGUUCUCUUGUCUUUAUGCUGAGUACCAACUAACUUGUGUUUUCCCGUAAAUCUUUCUCCCAGUCUUGCUCUUUUCUCCAUUCUCUGCCCUGCUAUCUUCUCUCCUCUAAUCCUCCUCUGCUUUGCUCAUGUCUGGGUGAUACUGUUUAUCCUUGCUCUCCUCAGAUGUGCAUGCUCAUUCCUUGUGGUUUAAAGCACUUAAAGUGACCCCCUCUAUCUGUACAAACUGAGGACAAACAAUGGCUUGAUGUAAAUUUAGUUGGUUUUGUUUACAGAUUUCUUUUUAAACAGCAUAAUGAAAGUACACUUCAUUUAAAUGCCCAGCGCAGUCAAACAUGUGAUUUUCCUGUGUUUUUAUAUAGAUUUCCACACUGAGGUUGGAACGAUAUUGUGGAAUAAGGCCAUUUUAGUGUAAGACUCAAAUUUCAGCAUGUUUUGGUGGGAUGGAGUUUUCGCCUGACUGGUGACAAAUUAAUGAAUAGACCAAUAUGAAAGUAUUCCCAACCUCUCUGCCAAUAACAGCCUUCCCUGUAGCUCAGUUGGUAGAGCAUGGUGUAGGGUUGUGGGUUCCAUUCCCACGGGGGGCCAGCACGGGAAGAAGAAAAAAAUGUAUGAAAUGUAUGCAUUCACUACUGUAAGUCGCUCUGGAUAAGAGCGUCUGCUAAAUGACUAAAAUGUAAAUGUAGUUUACAGUUUUUCCAUCCCCAAUCCAAAACAGUCCAAGUCAAAUUCUUGCUUGAGAAAUUGCUCUUGCAAAAAUUCUAUUUUUUGUUACAUUUUGACCAUUUAAAAUGUUUUAAUUGAAAACAAUCACAGUAUUUAAUUGUUACCCAGAAAUUAUUUGAUGUUGAGAUUAAACGGCUGCAUUGGGCCUUUAACUGUGUGCUGAAACAAAUAAGAUCUCUAAAUAUUUAUUUAUGAUAGUUUAUGCAUUUUCAAUCAUUCCACAUCUGUGUUGUGCAUAUUGAUAGCUACAUCUUUGAGUGGUACUAUUCAUAGAUACUUGUGUAUGUGACCAAUUUGUUAUUUUACCUGCACAUCCAAGCACAUCUGGUACAUGUUCCUGGGGUAUUGGUUCACCUUGGCAACAAAUAGUGUUACAAAGAUGCUAUAUUUGUGUGUUCUCAUGUUGUGUAUAUUUGAUGUUAAAAGAGAUAUAUAUAUGUAUGUGUAAGCAUUAUGAAUGCCAUGAAUAGAUAAAACAGUGAAUAUGAAGAAAA